GUUAAUUGGUUUAAUCCGCUUGAUAUGCUUUGUUCUUAUUUUUUCACCGCUUCUUAUCUGGGAGUCUGAAAUUUGUUUGUUACGAUGAUUUAAAAAUUAACCAGAUUUCUUUUCCAGUAUUAUUUUAGUGUUUGGGAACAUGGGUCGGUGAGUUUGGCGUAAAUUGUGCUUUCGAGAGAUAUUAGAGCAUCUCAAAUCUGGAACCUCUUUUUAAAAAAAGUAAAUGAAUAAUCAGUUUUCUGUUUCUUAAAGUUUGUUUGUAUCUCGCUUGGUACAUUUCUGUUUACCUUAAAGAUUUUUUUCUGUUUUCUUUUUUCUUUUGAAACAAUUUCAAAACAUAAUAAUUUGCGAAGAAAUUUAAUGUCAAGUUAUUUUAUAAAGUAGCGAGGGAAGCUAGAAAGUUCUUAUUUACCUUUUGUUUUUGUUUUAUAUUCAUAUUCCAGGAUUUAGUUGAGAGAUUAGGAGUUCCAUUUCCUUCCAGUUUUCUAAUUUAUGGUGUAACAAAAAGUCCGGUAGCUUGACAACUUUGCUGACUUGCUUGUGUUAAGAACGCUUUAUCUUCCUUAUAUUUUGUCACUAUAUCGAGGCUCUCUACAGAGAAGGAAAGCUUUUGAUAAAGAGAUACAGAAAUAGCCUUGUAAUUUUGGCUUGAAAAAGUCAUGGCAAAGGAGCAAAUUGAGGUGCUAAAUGCGCUUGAUGUUGCAAAAACGCAAUGGUAUCAUUUCACAGCAAUCGUCAUCGCUGGAAUGGGCUUCUUCACCGAUGCAUAUGAUCUAUUCUGCAUAUCCCUUGUAACAAAGUUGCUUGGCCGCAUAUAUUACCAUGUCGACGGUGCACCAAAGCCCGGUACAUUGCCUCCCAAUGUUGCAGCUGCAGUAAAUGGUGUGGCUUUCUGUGGAACACUUUCAGGUCAGCUUUUCUUUGGUUGGCUUGGUGAUAAGAUGGGAAGGAAAAGAGUCUAUGGCAUGACUCUGAUGAUGAUGGUGAUAUGUUCCGUCGGUUCCGGCCUUUCAUUCGGUCAUAGUGCAAAAUCUGUAAUGGCAACUCUCUGUUUCUUCCGGUUCUGGCUUGGAUUUGGCAUUGGUGGAGACUAUCCACUUUCUGCUACCAUAAUGUCUGAGUAUUCUAACAAGAAGACUCGCGGGGCCUUCAUUGCUGCAGUGUUUGCCAUGCAGGGUUUUGGCAUUUUGGCAGGUGGUAUAUUUGCAAUUAUAGUUUCAGCUGCAUUCAAUAGCAGGUAUACUGCUCCAGCAUAUGAGGUUGAUCCAGCCGGGUCAACAGUCGUACAAGCAGACUACAUUUGGAGGAUAAUUGUGAUGGUCGGAGCACUCCCAGCGGCAUUGACUUACUACUGGCGGAUGAAGAUGCCGGAAACUGCCCGUUAUACUGCUCUAGUAGCCAAGAACAUGAAGCAGGCAGCAGCAGAUAUGUCUAAGGUUCUGCAGGUUGAGAUUCAAGCUGAACCACAGAGUGAAGAUCCGGCAAAGCCCAAGCCAUAUGGCUUGUUCUCAAAGGAGUUCCUCACUCGUCAUGGACUGCAUCUGCUUGGUACAUCAAGCACUUGGUUCUUACUUGAUAUUGCAUUUUACAGUCAAAAUCUUUUCCAGAAGGACAUCUUCAGUGCAAUUGGUUGGAUACCUCCAGCCAAAACCAUGAAUGCUAUUGAGGAGGUUUACAAAAUUGCAAGGGCUCAAACACUCAUUGCUCUGUGCAGUACAGUUCCUGGCUACUGGUUCACGGUGGCUUUCAUUGACAGGAUAGGAAGAUUUGCUAUUCAAUUGAUGGGCUUCUUCUUCAUGACUGUCUUCAUGUUUGCUCUUGCCAUCCCCUAUGACCACUGGACUCAUAAGGAUAACCGGAUAGGAUUUGUGGUGAUGUAUUCAUUGACCUUUUUCUUUGCAAACUUUGGGCCCAAUGCUACCACGUUUGUGGUGCCAGCAGAGAUUUUCCCUGCUAGAUUCCGAAGUACUUGUCAUGGAAUUUCAUCAGCAUCUGGAAAGCUUGGGGCUAUAGUUGGUUCCUUUGGAUUCUUGUACUUGGCACAAAACAAGGACAAAAGCAAAGCUGAUGCAGGGUACCCUGCAGGGAUUGGUGUAAAGAAUUCACUUAUAGUCUUAGGUGUAGUUAACGUUCUUGGCUUCUUCUGCACUUUCUUGGUUCCUGAGGCAAAGGGAAGGUCGUUGGAGGAGAUGUCUGGUGAGAAUGAAGAGGAUGUUGGGACCGGUGAAGAAUCAGAACAAUCACAUUCUCACAACAACAACAAAACUGUUCCGUAUGUUUAGGAUACCUUCGUCUAUAAUGUUGUUGUUACAAUAAAGUAGUGGCUUCAAUUACACUUGGAAAGCACAAGCUUUCCUUGCCCAUCACCAAUAUUUCUGUUAAAUUUUGCUUGGACAUCAUGUAGUAAGAACUAGGGCUAUCUCGUUUAAGAAUAUUGGCAAACUUGAGUUCCAUUUGAUGUAUAAUCAUAUUGGUGUAUAGAACUUUCAAUAACUAGUUUCACAGACCGGC